ACAUCUUUGGAGGCCUGGGGAAACAUGGCGGCCCCCUGGUGGCGAUUCAUGCUGUACGGGAGUCGGGCAUGGCGGGACUUCAGCACCUCGGCCGCUGUGAGCCGGCGGACCGCACCGCUGGGGCCCAUGCCCAACCAGGACAUCGACGUGAGCAACCUGGAGCGGCUGGAGAAGUACCGGAGUUUCGACCGCUACCGGCGCCGGGCGGAAGAGGAGGCGCAGGCCCCGCACUGGUGGCGGACCUACCGGGAACAUUUCGGGGAGAAGACAGAUCCCAAAGACAAAAUUGACAUUGGGCUGCCUCCACCCAAGGUCUGCCGGCGCCAGCAGCUAGUGGAACGGAAACGGAUCCUCCAGGAACUUCGGACCAGUUCGGAAGAGGAGCAGGCUGCCCGCCUGGGCACAGCCAGCAUCCCACUGGAGGCUGUGCGGGCUGAGUGGGAGAGGACCUGCGGCCCCUACCACAAGCAGCGUCUGGCUGAGUACUAUGGCCUCUAUCGAGACCUGUUCCACGGUGCCACAUUUGUGCCCCGGGUCCCCCUGCAUGUGACUUACGCUGUGGGUGAGGACGACCUGAUGCCUGUGUACCAUGGCAAUGAAGUGACUCCAACUGAGGCUGCCCAGGCCCCAGAAGUGACCUAUGGGACAGAUGAGGGAUCCAUCUGGACACUGCUGCUCACCAACUUGGAUGGACACCUGUUGGAACCAGACGCUGAGUACGUCCACUGGCUAAUAACCAACAUCCCGGGCAACAGGGUGGCUGAAGGACAGGAGACGUGUCCUUACCUACCCCCCUUCCCUGCCCGAGGCACCGGCUUCCAUCGCUUUGCCUUCCUGCUCUUCAAGCAGGACAAGCCAAUUGACUUCUCUGAGGACACCCGCCCCUCACCCUGCUACCAGCUGACCCAGCGGACCUUCCGCACUUUUGAUUUCUACAAUAAACACCAGAAAGCCAUGACUCCAGCUGGCCUGGCCUUCUUCCAGUGCCGCUGGGAUGACUCUGUCACCAGCACUUUCCACCAUCUUCUGGACAUGCGGGAGCCUGUGUUUGAGUUUGUGAGGCCGCCCCCUUACCACCCCAAGCAGAAGCGCUUUCCCCACCGGCAGCCCCUGCGAUACCUGGACCGGUACAGGGACAGUCAUGAGCCUACCUAUGGCAUCUACUGAGGAACCAGAGUGCACCCACCUUGGAGAGCAGGCUAGGCCAGCAAAAAAGAGAGACAGCCUGAGAGCCAAGCUGUGGGGUCUGGGCCCACCUGUGGCAGCCUUUCUGUGGGCCUCCUGUCAGGCCCAGGGCUUGUGAUAAAGACAUGAGUGGGUUGUGAAUAAAGAUAAUUUGUGCUGUUGCUGGUCUAGAACUAUGGUUCAGGAGCAGAGCCCCUGGUGGGACCAUCAUGUUGUGACCCCCCCCACACUCCACCACGUGACGCGGUCAGGACUCUGUGAUCCAGGGGCUGAAUAUUCCUAUGGAAAAAUAAGGCAGUGGAACUUGGUGGGUCCCCUAAGCUCCAGUUCCUUGAAAGAGAUCUGCCAGCCCUGAUCAUUGGUGCCUUUCAAGAUGGCAGAUCUUGCU